CCAGUCACCUUGUUUCGAGGAUGUACCGACCAGAGCGUGACAGCUGAGAGAGAGCGAGAGAGAGAGCGAGAGCGAGAGAGAGAGAGAGAUCCUCCCUGGCACACACACACACACGCCCGUCAGUGUGGCAGUGUGAUUUUGACUGACGGGUGGAUUGUCAAUCGUGGAGGAACCGGAGGACGCGCUCCAUGAUUCUUUUUAAUCAUUUUUCCUCCUUCACACCUUUCCCUCGCUUGUCUUUUGUGCCAACGAUGGUUUUCUAGUUUCCCCGCUGCUUUUAUCCACCGGAGCAUCGGAUUUUUUUCCCUCCCUUCAUUUCUCGUCUCCUCGUUUGGCCGAACCGGGGCUGACUCCAGCCAACCUGGGCCGGGCCGCGGGGCUGUUCAGCGAGCCUCGUAGCUGAAGUUGGCACCCGAGAUGAGCGCCUCGAGACCCGGGAUUGGGCUCCUCUUUGCACCGCGGAGAGGCUCGGGGUCGUGGUGGUGCCAGUGGUGGUGGUGGUGGUGCUGGCUUGCGGCAGUCGGGGUGACAGUGGGCUCGGGAGACCCGUGGAUGUCCGCGGAGGCAUGUCCUUCGACAUGCUCGUGCAGCAGCACCAGGAUCUCGUGCGUGGACCCGGAGCAGGGCAUCAACGCCUUCCCGGCGCUUCAGAGCGAGACAGAGAUGGAGAACAUCACCGACAUCUACAUCGCUAACCAGAGCAGCUUCUCCUCCAUCAACGACAAAGACCUGCACUACUACAAGAAUCUCAGGAACCUAACGGUGAUCAACAGCAGGCUUACGUAUGUAUCCAAGCUGGCCUUUCAAAACAACAUCAAGUUACAAUAUCUGAAUCUGAAAGACAACAACUUGUCGUCACUGUCCUGGAGACUAUUCAAGCACCUCAACAUCUCUUAUCUGAUCCUGACAGGGAACCCUCUGCACUGUUCCUGUGAGAACAUGUGGAUCAAACUAUGGUUAGGGGACGAAGUAGACUCUCAGGAUCUACGCUGCAUUGAGGACGGAGGGGUACGCAAGCUGAUGUCCAGACUGAUACUGCCUAACUGUGAGGUACCCAUGGCAACGCUGAACCCACCCAGAGUGGAGGUAAUGGAGAAAGAGAACGUGCAGCUGACCUGUAUAACCUCUGGCGUGCCCUCACCUGAGCUGAUAUGGGACAUGUCGCUGGUCACCAACUAUGUGAUUGAGACAUCGGGCCAGAAUUCGGUAAUGCGACUUUCCAACCUGUCGUGGAUGGACCACAACAGCAAGAUCAGCUGCACGGCUGAGAACGUUGUCGGAGAGAGGGAAUCAUCUCUGCUGCUUGAUAUACUUUUUCCUCCCAGAAUUACAAAGCUAAGUGAUGCAAUCCCAGACCAUCACUGGUGCAUCCCUUUCAGUGUGGCAGGGAACCCAAAGCCAGAGCUAAAAUGGUUCCGGAACGGUGUGAUGGUGACGGAGGGUCGCUACAUCUUGACCAGGAUCCACGACACGACAGAGAGGGAGUACCAUGGCUGCCUGCAGCUGGACAGUCCCACACACAUCAACAAUGGGAAGUACAGACUGGUCGCAAAAAAUAAAUACGGCUCUGACGAGAAGGAGGUGGAAGCUCACUUCAUGCACGAGCCCUGGGAAGGAACUGAGCCGUCCUAUUACGAUCUAAUCACAGAUGGUCCUCCAGUCAAUCCACCCGAGGACAGAGUUGCUGUGUACGUGGUGGUGGGCAUCGCGGCUGUCGCCUUCACCGGUUUCCUGCUGAUGUUGGUGAUUCUCAAGUUUGGAGGGAACUCCAAAUUUGGCAUCAAAGGAGCGUCCUCAGUGAUCAGCAACGACGAUGACUCGGCCUCUCCUCUUCACCACGUCUCCAACGGCAGCAACACUCCCUCGUCUUCAGAGAUGGGCCCCGAUGCCGUCAUCAUCGGCAUGACUAAGAUCCCCGUGAUAGAAAACCCUCAGUACUUCAGGAGCACAAACAGCCUGCUCAAGACCGACACAUUCGUCCAGCAUAUUAAGAGACACAACAUUGUGUUGAAGAGAGAGCUCGGAGAGGGAGCCUUUGGAAAAGUCUUUCUGGCCGAAUGUUACAACCUCUCCCCUGACCAGGAGAAGAUACUGGUGGCUGUCAAGACGCUAAAAGAGGCCAGCGAAAAUGCCAGGAAGGAUUUCCACCGUGAGGCUGAACUACUGACCAACCUUCAACACGAACACAUUGUCACAUUCUAUGGCGUCUGCGUGGAGAGCGACCCACUCAUCAUGGUCUUUGAGUACAUGAAACAUGGAGACCUCAACAAGUUCCUCAGGGCUCACGGUCCAGAUGCAGUUCUGAUGGCAGAGGGCCAGACCACCAGACCUGUGGAGCUCACCCAGUCUCAGAUGCUCCACAUUGCCCAGCAGAUAGCGUCCGGCAUGGUCUACCUGGCAUCACAGCACUUUGUGCAUCGCGAUCUGGCCACCAGGAACUGCCUGGUGGGUGAGAACCUGCUGGUAAAGAUUGGGGACUUCGGCAUGUCCAGAGAUGUCUACAGUACGGACUACUACAGGGUAGGUGUCGGAGGUCACACCAUGCUACCGAUCCGUUGGAUGCCGCCUGAAAGCAUCAUGUACAGAAAGUUCACCACAGAAAGUGAUGUUUGGAGUCUCGGGGUUGUUCUCUGGGAGAUCUUCACCUACGGAAAACAGCCUUGGUAUCAGCUCUCCAAUAAUGAGGUGAUAGAGUGUAUAACCCAGGGCAGAGUGCUGCAACGCCCCAGGACCUGUCCUAAAGAAGUGUAUGACCUGAUGCUGGGCUGCUGGCAGAGAGAGCCACACAUGAGACUCAACAUCAAAGAAAUCCACUGUCUGCUCCUUAAUCUGGCCAAGGCUUCACCUGUAUACUUGGAUAUACUGGGCUGAACAAAGGAGGUGGACGGGAGAGAGUUGUGUGUGUGUGUAUGUGAGGGAGAGAGAGAGAGAGAGAGAGAGAGGUGUGAGAGGUCUGUGUAAGGAUGGUUACUGUAUCCAAGUGUAUAUGUGCAUUUGAGGCGACAGUGACACCUCUGAAUAUGGUGUCAGCGUCUGCAAGGUGCCGCUGUACAGGAUGUAAAGCUAUUAUCAAACUCUUCAAGGCAAUCAAAAGGUUCCUCUACCGAGCCCCAAUCGUCUCUUUUCCUCCCUACCAAUUUUCUGUCCUUUGUGCAUCCGUACCCUCUCCCUCUGUCCUUCCUGAAGAGUAAUUUAACUUUGGAGGAACAAAAGCUUCUCAAUUCUUUUCAAAUGCUUUAAACUGACUGGGGCUAAAUUGAUGAUACCCGAUUAACAGGACUUUAAAUUGCCUGACUUCUCUAUCGCUGCCUGUCGGACAAUGGGACUCGUUUGAAACAUCCGGCAAUUUUAAAGGAGUCAUGACGUGGGGAGGAUUUGCAGAAGUGUGUAAAUAUGAGGCUGCGUGACCUUUCGGAGGAAAUGGCUCUGUGAGAUUUUGAGCCACAAGGACACUGUGUUUCUCCACUCACCCUGUCUGUGUAUUUGUCCUCUCUUUCUGUCUGUCUGUCUCUCGAAACUGUACAACAGUAUUAUAUGAAUUCAUCCAAUAUGACUUGUGGAAACAACAACAUAAUUAACACACAGAUUAGCAAAUGGUGGAUUAACAAUAACAGAAAAAAUUACCAAAAAAAAAAGUGGAAAGUAAACCAAAUCUGGUUUUCUGCGAUUCAGGAAGAAGGCUGAGGUUUUCUACUACACUGUAACUGAACGACUAAUAUACAAAAAAAAAAAAAGAUAAGUAAAAAAGGCUGAUGUAUCUGAUCUACAAUAUGUUGUCAUGCAACAGAUUGAUAUAAAUGACUUUAUGGAUAUAAUGUACUCACAUCUGCAUACAGGACUCUUUUUUAUUUUUUUUAUUUGUGUUACGUUGGACUUUUGUUCAGGCCUGGACUGUACAUGUACUGUACUGUCACACAGUCCAUGCAGGGUAACGCGAUGAUCAACCACCCAGCCCCCAGCAAAGUGACAGAUGCUUCACGUGUGAUGUCAAGCACUGGUGUCGGAGGUCAAUUGAUUCAUUUGUCCACAGCUGUCCGACGAUUGCGAGGAAUUGGUGUUGAUGGAGGGUG